UCUCUUGAAAGCAAGUGCAAGUUUCUACAAGGUCACCAAAACCAAGUCCAAGAUGUUUAACACCAAAAUCAAAGGUGUAGUCAGCGGAUCAUCAAGAGAAAUCUUCACUGAUGAAUCCUUUCAGAAGUUGCAAGCUACCAUGGAAAGCUUGCUGAUAAGAAAGGGUUGUUGACUUGUGUUUUGGUGCUAUCUUACCUGAGCUUUAAUUUAAUUAACUAUUAUCUUUUUAUUGUUGUUUCGUGUCUCUUCUUGACCUUGUAAGACCUUCUCUUCACCUUGUGAGGCCCAUAACUAAAUCUACCACUCUUUUUAUAUACAUCUCUAAAGACUUCUACUUAGUUCUUACCUUUCUAAAGUCAAGCAAUUAGCAUCAGCGGUUCCAACCCAACUCACCUUCUCCUUCUCUGUCUAUCCCUCCUGAGCUAUGUUCUUCAAAACCCCCAAUCUGUUGUAUGAGAAGUCUCAAUCAUGUAUAAUUGAAAAGUAAUAAAUGUGUUCAACUUUA